UGCUAGUUUUGUUCCUCACAAAGUUUCCUACUAGGUCAGAAGCAUGUUAUGGGUGUUAAAAUUUUACUGGCUAACGAGUCUUUGAUCAAACGUAUUUGGCGUAGGUUUUUCAAGGCAUGACCAAGUCGUUUUUAAGUCUUUGUCGGGCUCGUUGUUACGUUGUUGCUAAGACAAGCUAACAUGGCCAGGUUAACGCUAGUUCGCUAGCGUCAAUGCUUUGUACUGUGAACAGUAAUGUGGCUGUUUAAUACAGUUCAUACAUUUUAACGUCACACAAGUAAAGGAAUAAGCAGCCAAACAAAGGAAACAUCUGUCCCAUGUUCACAGCACACCCUACACACCAGCAGGCUGUGCAUCAUGUCUAUUGAUUUUGACAGUGCUGCUCUUCAAACCCAACACGAGGAGGAAGAAUACGACCAGGAGGACUAUGCAAGAGAGCAAGAGCUGCACAAACUGCUCACAGACCUGCCUGAUGACAUGCUGGAGGACAGCAGAGACUCCUCCUCUCCAGAGCUGGAGUACUCUACCUGCAGCAAUAAAAACACUGGCAACAGCCCACAGUCCACAUGGACUCAGCAAUGGUCAAAUCACCCAAGGCCAGUCUCUCAUGAACAGGUCUCUUUGAAGAACUAUGAAGCUGACUAUGACCAAGGCCUUCAUGAUGACUACACUUAUGAGGAUGAUGCUGUUCAGAUCAAUGGACAUCGGAGGAAUCCUCAAAGUCAACCUCCGCCUCACACCUGGAACCAGCAGUCAGAGGAUCACCAUUUCACCCAGGGAGAUUGUACAUACACUAGCAUGGGCACAGAGAAGUCUACAGAGACCAAUGAUUUCUCCACAGAUGAGUAUGAGUCCAAACCAUACCCUCAAGGCACUACUAACCACGUCGAAUAUAAUGGAGAAGUAGGAUACAGAGACAAGCAAAGCCAUACCAGAAACCAUUUUCAGCCUGGAACUGGGGACAACACUGUAAAUCAGUACAAGGCCAGCUACAAUCCUCACCAUCCUGCCCAUCAGCCAAAGAUGUUUAACUCGCAGGCCGCUCACCAAGGUGGCCAGUUUGACCAUCUGCAAAGAGAAUUCCUUGACUCGACACAACAAACUGCUGAUAGAGAGCAGCUCGCCCAGCUGCAGAUUUUAAACCAAGCUCAUCAAAGGCAAAUUGAGGACUUGGAGCGAAAACUGGAAGAUUCAAGGCGUAACAUGAGAUACCUUGAGCAUCAGUUCGCAAUUGUCAAAGAUGAAAAGGAUGGCCAAGCAGUAAGUCUAAAGGAAUCAGGUCGAUUGGUUGAGGAGGCCAAGGAGAGGGAGGUUCAAAUGCAAAACAAAGUGAAGGCUAUGGAGCAGCAAAUACAGGUCCUUACUGAGAGAGACCACGAGAACAUGAAGAAGCAGAGGGUGGCAGAGGCUGCAGUGGACAGCAUGAAGCAGCAGAUGUUGGAGCUCUGUCGUUCUGACACCCUGUCCAGAGCGCGGGAGCAGCAUGACAGGGACCUCACCAUCAUACGGGAGCAGCAUGAGCUUGCACUGUUGGCCCUGGAGCAAAAGCUUGACUCUGCUUCUCAGGCUCUGAGUGAACAGACUGAUGUCGGUCUGAGGUUACGAGAGCAGGUGAAGCAGCUGGAGCGCCAGAGAGAAGAAGAGCAACUGGAGAGAGCCAGAGUCAUCAACGCCCUCACUCAGCGCCUGGAGGAGAGUCAGCAGCAAUGUGCCAAGCUACUGCAGACGAGUUCAGUGCAGGAGAUGAGUCAGAUUCAAAUCAAACUCCAACAGACUCAAUCAGCCAAGGCACUGAGUGAAAACAUGAACAAAGGCUUACAGGAGGAUCUGGCUGAUUUGAAGGAGCAGAUCACUCUGUAUGAAUCUGCCGUCAAACACGGUGUCAUCACAUUAGACCUGAGCAGUGACUGGGAGAACCAGCUGUCUGAAUCCUGUAUGGAUUUAGGAUUGAAGAAAGCAAACAGGAAGAAUGGCACGCUUCACAGCACUGCCUUGGCUCACCUGUCAGACUCCAAGCUGCCCAAGGACGAGGCUUUACGGCUGCUGCGAGUGGAGAUGCAGCGCUGUCUGGGCAGUCUGAAGGGGAAGCGGCAGAAGAUCAGUCAGCUGCAGGAGGAGCUCCAGCACUGUCAGAGCCAAGUGAACGAACUGCAGACACAGUUAGAUGAAGCGAACCUCAGCUCUUCGGUCAGAGAGAAAAGCCAGAUGAAACCUUUAAACUUGACUGGAGAGUCUCAGAAAGAGUUGGUGAGACUACAGGAAGACAAGCGACACUUGCAGGAACAAGUGGAGGUGCUAGAGAAAAAGAAUAAGGAGCUGAAACAGAGUGAGGAGAAGGUGAGGUCUGCCAACUCAGAGCUGUGCACUAAGAUGAGGGAGAUGAUCCAGGAUCUGGACCAAGAAAAGCAGGAAGCAGCUGAGAGAUCUGAACGGAUUCAUCAGCAGCACAGGGACGACGUGGUGAACCGGGUCAAAACGGAGCUCAUGCUGGAACGUGACACUCAGGUUGAACAGCUGACAGUGCAGCACCAGCAGCAGGUCCAACAGUUAGAGACCCAGCUGUCUGAGGUCAAUGAUAAGAUGUUGGCCGUACAAGAGUGUUACAUAUCUGUCUGCAAGGAGAAGGACAUGCUUGAGGAAAGAAUAAGGGACGGGGAGAAGGAGGAGGCUUUGAUCAGAGAAAAUGAGGAAAAAAUGAGAGAGGAGAGUGGUACAGCUGUGGAGAAGCUGAGGGCUGAGCUCGAGGCUCAGCAUCAGGCCUCAAUAAACCAGCUAAAAGCUCUCUGGUCCAAACAGAAGGAGGAUGAGAUCCAGCAGCAGGUGAACUCCCAUGUAGCCUCGGCAAAGGCUACAUGGAAGGAGGAGCUGCAAAAGAUGGAGACGACCUGGACCCAGAGGCUGGAGGAGGCUAGGAGGGAGAAAGACAGAGAGACAGCUGAGGUCACCUGUCAAACAGAUGAGAUUGAGGGCGGCAGUGUGACAAUUACUGCCGAGGAGCUGGACUCCAGGCUCAGUGCCCAGAAACAGCGGCUGCAAGUAGAAGCCGACAAAGUCAAACGCAAAACUGUGGAGGAAGCCAGGAAACAAGCCCAGAGAGAACUUCAAGAGAAACACCUGGAGGACAUGGCCAAGCAGGUUGAAGGUGCAGUGACCAGGGCCUACAAUCGCUGGACUGAGGAUUUGACUUCAUUACCAGAAUACCAAGUGUGUCUCCAAACAGAGAGGGAGAAAUGGGAACGACUACAAGAAGAAUGCACAGAACAACAGGUGUCCCAGGCCCUGAGGAAGGCAGAGGAGCAGUGGCAUAAGAAACACAAGAACCAGCUGGAGGAGCAGAGCUCUGGAGCGCAGAGGGUGGAGGAGCUCCAAGAGGAGGUAGCAACUCUCCAGAGCCAGCUGGAGCAAGUGAGAAGAGAACAAGCUGCCCUGCUGAAGGCUGAGCUGGCCGGAGCUAGGGCAGUGUGGAACCGAGACAAACAGCAGGAGAUCUCGGUCAUUCAGGUUCGUAGUGAGCGGGUGUACCAAACCAAGCUGCAAGACCAGCACAAAAAGCUGGAGCAGGCUUUGCAGCAGUCCAGAGAGGAGGCCGACCUCCAGAAGAAGGAGCUGCUCCUGCAGAUGGAGGCCAAGCUUCGGGAGACUCUGAGGGCUCGGGAGGAGGAUUGGAGUUGUCAGCAUGCAGAGAAAGAACUGACCCAGAGACAGCAGAUCAGGGAUGAAAUAUUGGCAGAGCUUCAGACUGGACUGGCAGAGGUCCAGGCACAACUUCUCAGAGACCCCAAAACAGAUCAGCAGGGCACUGAAAGCACCAGGAGGACCAGUGGGGCCACAUCAGAGACAACACUAACACACAUCAUUCAAACAUCCUGCAGUGACAUUGUCAGUAGGGUAAUAUCCCAGGCCAAGACGGAAUGGAAGAAAAUAAGUGAGGAGAGACUGAGUCGUGUGCUAAAGGAAACUCAGGAGCAACAUGAAAGAGAAAUCAACAAAAUGCAAAGCUCUUUGUCCCAGAGGAAGGAGCAGGCUCACUGCAGGAAGGAGUGCACUGAGACUUUGAGCAAGUUGCAGAAGAAGAAUCAGGAGCUCCACAGACACUUGGAGAAAGCCUGUCGUCAACUCCAGCACAGCGUUCGAGAGCACAAAACCGCCAUGCAGCACCUUAAAGAUGAGCAUGAAAGCAGCUUACAGAAGGUAAAGGAGGAACAUCUGCAGCAGAUAGACGAAGUGAAGAGAGCCAAGGAAUCCUCAGGGACUUCUGAUCACCAGCAACAUCUUCAGCAGGGCCUCGAGGAGAUGAAGCAGCAAUACUUGACGACUGUAGAAAAGAUCAGAGAAGACAUGCUGCGUUACCUUCAGGAGAGUCGGGAGCGAGCAGCAGAGAUGAUCUGCAUGGAGGUGCAGAGGGAGAGGCAGGACACUGCCAGAAAGAUGCGGCGUUAUUAUCUGACCUGUCUGCAGGAGUUGCUGCAGGAUGGAGGAAAGACCACAGGAGCUGAAAAGAAAAUAAUGAAUGCUGCAAGCAAGCUGGCGGCCAUGGCUAAAGUGCUGGAGACGCCUAUCAGAAGUAAAUCUGGAAAGAACUGCAGUUUACCAACUGUAUCCACCACUGGCUGCCCUCCAGGUAGAAAUGCAGGUUUCAUUAAGAACCUGUCCACACUACCUGAGUUUCCUGACAUCGGGGCAGAGGGGAGAUCCCACAUGGAGGAGACUUCUGCUGACUCUGAGCAGAAACCAACUGCUGCACCCAGGACUAAACCUCUGAGACACCAGGACAUAUCUGCAUCUGCGAAGGAGGAGGCCUCAGUGGAAGCAGCCAUGAAACCCCAAACCGCAGCUCACAAACACCUUCGCUCUUACAAACCUCAACAGAUGGAGUCUUCUCAUCAGGUGGCUUCUCCAACCCAGGUGGAUUUUGUCACCGCAUCUGUGAUGAGUAAGAACAGGGAGCUUUACCUGCAGGGAGGAGCCUCCAGCACAGCAGUCAACCGCCUGGACUCAGAGCAACAGAGCAAACCUUUCCCCGUCCAGGAGGCUCCUGUCAGAGAUGAGAAACGUACUGACUGGAGCAUGACCAGUAGUGACUCGGACACAAGCUUCCAAGUCCCUAGACUCUCCUGCUCAGGGAGGAAAGUAGAACCGGUGAAGCCGUUUUCUGUCUCUGCUGCAUCGGCCAGUGACUUAGGAGAGUUUGGUGGCCUCACUCCAGACGCGUCGGACCUGACAAUUUAUAAUGAGAUUGCCCAGAAGACCCCUCGCACCCAGACUUUGAACUUUCCCAGUGUGAAGAUGAGCACACACAGACAGCCCACCCCUGGCUCUGAGGCCGAGAAGCAGCAGGGAGUUUGUUCCAGGCCUCUGUUCUCCGAGUUGAGACGGCGCCAGCAGGACAGCGGCUUUGACAGUCCGUUCUACCAACAAAAAUGACAAAGUGAAAGGGCAGGUAUCAGGUUGGAAGAUGAGGUUGGAACUGACUUGACUAUUUCAGUUACGUUACCAAAUAGUGCCUUUUUAAUACAGUGUAUGAAGUUUACAUGAUGCCGAACUUUUGCCUUCAUAGUUGCUUGCUGUGUGUUUUUGUCUGUGUUGUGUUACGAUUGUUAAAGGAAUAGUUUGACAGAUAGUCAAUAGACCCUAACCCAAGGGAAAUACAAAAGUGGAUACCACUCUUACUCUAUGUUUGUAUGCUAAAUGUGAAGCUGCAGAGUGCCGCUGUUUCCUUAACUUUGACUGGACAGCUAACCUGGUGAUGUCCAAAGGUACAAAAUCCACCUCAAAAAAAAAACUAAACAAAUGAGGCAUGACAUUUAUUUACUAUUUCUUGAUUUUAAACAAGAUUUAAUGAAAAGAUUUAUGUCGAGAUUUAAAGAUAGAACUUGUUACUUGGUGAGGUUCACAGGGACUGGUAGGUGGAUUUUGUUACCCUUGUGCAGAGCCAUGUUUGCAGUUUCCCCAUGAUUUCAUUGUUUAUGCUAUGAUAAACCCCCUAUAGCCUCACAAUGGUACUGAUAUUCUCAUUUAACUGUUGACAAGAAAUCAAAUAAGAGUAUUUCCCAAAAAUGUCAAACUAUUGCUUUAAUGCAUAGUUUGUUCCAGAGUAAAAGAAACACAUGCUGCACCUCUCACUCCAAACAGCAAAACAAGUAGAGUUCUGUAAAUAUUUGCAUAUUUCUUUUGGCCCCUCACGGUCCCUGUCACAUUUUAGCCUAGCUUUAAAAAUACAGCUGCAGGUCGUGGUGCUGAAUCUCACUGACAGCAGUAUGAUCUGGGUUGAAAUGAGUAAACGAGGGUUUACUUAGGCUGUCAGUUACAUCCAAACCAGGAGCAGUGAGCCAAAACAAAAUCUUGCUGUCAGAAUAUUUAGUUUCAGUCUGGAGUAUUUGAUGACUCACAGUAAAGUGUUGAUAAUGA